AGUUAAGUUAACCAUCUUACUGCAUAUGAGCAAAACAACCACAGAAUGAGGACGCCGCCGCUUUUACUCUUCUUUCUACUGGUGUGGUGUCAAACUGCACAGUGUUUAAUUUCUAAACGGGUGAAUUUAGGGCAAAACGUGUCUUUAGACUGUCAGAUUGAUGUAAAAGAUAUUUACUGGGUUUUCCAGAACCUGACAGAUUCUCCAGUGCUAAUACUGCGGACCUUCACAUCAGAAUCUACAACACCUCAGUUUUAUGAUAAAAGAUUUAAAGACAAAUGUUCAUUACAAACUUUAAGCCGUUUAUUUAUUAGGAACAUAACUAUCAAUGAAAUAGGAAUAUAUUAUUGUGCAAAAGCAGGCAGGACUCUACAGCUCAGCAAUGGCACCAGACUUUACACUACUGAAUCUGCCCAUGACCAAAAUCAAACAGAAUGCAACAAUCAUAAUCAAACACAUUGUGAAACAAGACCCAAUUUUCACAGGAUUCUGACCGUUACAUCCUUCCUAUUGAACACUGUGCUGAUUAUUGCAAUAAUAGGUCUGUUAAUGCUCAAACUUAAGAAGCCAAGAAAAAGUCGACAACAACCACAGAAUGUCACACCAGCGUCGCUUGAGGCCUUAAACACGGCACAGUAUUCUGAAAUCGAGCUGUCCACAUAUUCCAGAGGAGAAACCCCCAUUCAGAUAAACAGCACUUAUGCACUUCUUCAGAAACCAAAGCCACAUCCUAGACAAUCACGAGAAGAGAUCAACACAUCUUGCAGUCUACAAAGUUGUUAAAUGUGGUAGUUUGACACCUUCUGUGAGUCCACCCUUAUUUUUUUUGUACGAUUAUGUUUUAUAAAGGUCGUGUUUC